GCGCUGCAGACGCCCACCAACUACUUCCUGGUGUCCCUGGCGGCGGCCGACGUGGCCGUGGGGCUGUUUGCCAUCCCCUUUGCCAUCACCAUCAGCCUGGGCUUCUGCACCGACUUCUACAGCUGCCUCUUCCUCGCCUGCUUCGUGCUGGUGCUCACGCAGAGUUCCAUCUUCAGCCUCCUGGCCGUGGCCGUGGACCGGUACUUGGCCAUCCUCGUCCCGCUCAGAUACAAGAGUUUGGUCACUGGGACCCGAGCGAGAAGAGUCAUUGCUGUCCUCUGGGUGCUUGCCUUUGGCAUUGGACUGACCCCUUUCCUGGGCUGGAACAGUAAAGACAGUGCCACCAACUGCACAGAGCCCUGGGGUGGAACCAUGAAUGAAAGCUGCUGCCUUGUGAAAUGUCUUUUUGAGAAUGUGGUUCCCAUGAGCUACAUGGUGUAUUUCAACUUCUUUGGGUGUGUCCUGCCCCCACUGCUCAUAAUGCUAGUGAUCUACAUCAAGAUCUUCAUGGUGGCCUGCAGGCAGCUUCAGCGCACUGAGCUGAUGGACCACUCAAGGACCAUCCUCCAGCGAGAGAUCCACGCUGCUAAGUCCCUGGCCAUGAUCGUGGGGAUUUUUGCUGUGUGCUGGCUACCAGUGCAUGCCAUCAACUGUGUCACCCUUUUUCAUCCAGUUCAGGCUAAGGAGAAGCCCAAGUGGGCAAUGAAUAUGGCUAUUCUCCUGUCACAUGCCAACUCAGUUGUCAAUCCCAUUGUUUAUGCCUACAGGAACCGAGACUUCCGCUAUACUUUUCACAAACUCAUCUCCAGGUAUGUUCUCUGCCAGACAGAUGUCUUCAAGAGUGGGAAUGGGCAGGCGGGGGCACAGCCUGCUCUCGACAUGGGCCUAUGACCUGGAUGGACUCUGUCCUCUUCAAAAGGCACAAAUCCACAAUAAACAGAGGGACAGGACAUGAUUGGAUGAUCCUCAUGUGAAAGACAGUCAUGCCUCAGAAGCAUAUGGGUUGCCUCUUUUGAGCAUCUCCCUGGAGUUACCACAUAUCUAACUAAUAUGUACAUGAUAUUAGUAGGUUCCAAGGGUUGACAAAUACAUAUGGUCCUGUCUGGAUGCUCUCACUGUGUGGAUGAUGCUGACAACUUGAAUGGAUUGUAAAAUAAUGUUUUGUUUUUUUUAAAGUCGGCCUUUUUUAUGGUAGAAAAUGAAUAAAACUAUUUUUCUGUGAAACACUGUGAAUUAUUAUAAUACAAAUAUUUUUUAAACUUAGUGGCAAUGGAAAAAUAAAAGUUGGACAUACUAAAAGUGUAUACUCAUUUCUAGGAAGGAGACCAGGAAAAUUAAAAGUAUAAUUCUUUGAUCAAGAAACUACUAUAUUAAUUUAGGGAAAUGACACUCCUGUAAGUUCUUAAGUAGAACAUCAUCAGAUAACAUUUUGAUAGCAUUCUUUUCCAUAUAUAGCAAACAACCCUAGAGAAAGAAACUAGAGAAGGGAUCCUUCUUCUAUCAGAUUCCCUUUCCCCCUCCUAGAACUAGUAGUGAAUUUUACUUCUCUACCAACUUCAAGCUUUGCCAACUUGCUGGAUCUCAAAGUGUGAAAUUUUUACUAAGUAAAAUUAUACAAUUGUGUAUUAUAUUGGGUGAAA